AUGGCGGUCGUCAACAUCUUGAUGCUCGUGCCAUGGUGGGCCAUGGCGAUCGGAUCGGUGUGCGGCAGCGCCGGCAACUACACGGCCAACGGCACCUACCAGAGCAACCUGGUGUCCCUGUCCAGGACCCUCCCCGGCGACACCUCCUCCUCGCCGCAGCUCUUCGCCACCGCCACCUCCGGCCAGGCCGGGGCCCCCGACGCGGUGUACGCGCUGGCUCUGUGCCGCGGCGACAUGGCCUUCAACAGCAACCUCACCGGCUGCAGCGCCUGCGUCGCCGGCGCGUUCCAGUACGCGCAGCAGAGCUGCCCCAACGGCAAGGCCGCCGCCGUGUACGACGACUACUGCACCCUCGGCUUCUCCGACAGCAGCGCCAUCCUCCGAACAGGGUUCUCCGAUAGGAGCACCCUGUUCCAGUCCUGGUACUAUCUGAACAUCCCCGGCGGCGACCCCGCCGCGGUGGGCGCCGGCGUCCGCGACAUGCUCAACCAGACCGCCCAGCUCGCGGCCGCCAGGACCGCCAGGUUCGUCACCGCCUUCAUGGACGGCUCCAGCGGCGCCGUCAGGACCACGCUCUACCCCUUGGCGCAGUGCACGCCGGACCAGUCCGCCGCCGACUGCCUGGCGUGCCUCCAGGGGCUCGUCGGCGUGCUCAACGCCACCACGUCGGUGCGCCUCGGAGGCCAAAUCCACAUCCUGCGCUGCCACCUCAAGUACGAGAACAUGAGGUUCUUCAACGAUGACAACGCCUCCAUGGUCCGGAUCACGCCGUCGUCGUCUGUGACUCCGGCACCGCCGGCUCCCACCACCAACAAAACUACUAGAGCUAGGCCGCCCUGGGUGAUUCCCCUGAUCGUGGCGCCUCCUGUGGCGGCGCUGCUCUACUUCGUCGUCUUCUACUGCCGCCGCCGGCGAACAAGACGGAGAUCGAGAUACACAAGAGUGGAUUGGGAAAUGGAGGCCGAGCUCUCGGAGUUUUCGGUCUUCGACUUCGAUGACAUACUGGACGCCACAGAUAAUUUUUCCGAAGAGAACAAAUUGGGGGAAGGUGGCUUUGGCCCCGUAUAUAAGGGAGUGUUUCCCGAUGGAGUUGAGAUAGCUGUCAAGAGGCUCGCUUCACAUUCAGGACAAGGUUUCGUGGAGUUCAAGAACGAGGUACAACUCAUAGCCAAACUCCAGCACACAAAUCUCGUUAAGCUCUUGGGAUGCUGCUCUCAAGGAGACGAGAAAAUCUUGGUCUAUGAAUACUUGCCAAACAAAAGCUUGGACUUCUUUAUCUUUGAUGAAACUAGAAAAACUUUGUUAGAUUGGAACAAACGCCUAGAUAUAAUUGAAGGAAUAGCGGAAGGACUUCUCUACCUGCAUAAGCACUCCCGGUUGCGUGUCAUACAUCGAGACCUUAAACCAAGUAACAUUCUCUUGGACAACGAAAUGAAUCCUAAAAUUUCGGACUUUGGGCUAGCAAAAAUAUUUAGCUCAAAUAACACCGAAGAAAGCACUACAAGGAGAGUGGUCGGUACAUAUGGCUACAUGGCUCCCGAGUAUGCAUCUGACGGCCUCUUCUCUAUCAAAUCAGAUGUAUUCAGCUUUGGUGUUCUCCUUCUUGAGAUCCUUAGUGGAAAAAGGAAUUCUGAUAGCCAAGAAUGUGGAGAUUUUAUCAAUGUCCUUGGAUAUGCAUGGCAAUUAUAUGAAGAGGAAAGAUGGAGUGAACUCAUUGAUACAUCAUUGGUACCCAUGCAUAACUUGGCUGAAAUAAGAAGGUGCAUGAACAUUGCUCUGCUAUGUGUUCAAGAGAACGCAGCAGAUAGACCAACCAUGUUAGAUGUUGUUGCAAUGCUAAGUAGCAAGACUAAGAUCCUGGCUGAGCCAAAGCACCCAGCAUAUUUCAAUGUACGGGUGGGAAUUGAAGUGGCAUCCACUACCACUACCCAGUCAUGCAGUAUCAACGACAUGACCAUAUCUAUCACAACAGCUAGAUAGUUUUUAUUUCUGCCAUGUGGGGUUCACUCAGAUAAUGUAUCAAAUUAUGGCACUCUAGGUUGUUAUAUAGUGCUUAGUUUAAGUGGCGUAAUGUGUAUAUAGGUUUCUCUGUUUAUCUUAAUUGAAAUGUACUUUAUCCAUCUUACUUGUUAUUGUAGCUGCCAGGCUCCCUUUUGUUGCAGCAGCAGCAGCCAGGCUGCCGAACA